AUGACUGUAAGCACGGCAGAUAUCAUGUUUACAUAUGUCGUUCCAUUUUUGGGAACCAUCACAGCAAACCUAAUGAAUGCAGCACCCAUCGCAGGCUUGAGAGAGGCGCUUGCCGCAGGAACUCUGGGCGAUUUGAAUCCAUUGCCAUGGGUCAUCAUGACGGGAAAUUGCUUUGGAUGGUGUGCCUAUGCCUAUUACAUGAACGAUCCCUAUAUAUUGGCUUCCAACUUGCCCGGAUUACUCAUUAGUGUGUGGUUGAAUCAAGGGGCCAUUAAACUCCAAUACUAUCAUUUGAGAAGAGUACGGUGUGAUAGUCUACUAAUGAUGACCAAGAAUGCUGACAUUAACAAAGUCAAGAACAUCAACAAGAACCGCAGCAACAGUAAUAGUACUCUCUUGAAUGAAGACGAAGAUCAAGCUCUGUUGGACUACAACAAUGGUGAAUAUUCCACUGCUACUGAAGAAAUGAGCACUGAAUUACAACCACUACAACCAAAAUCACGAGACCCUGACAGUGAACGAACCGAACGAACCGAACCCAUGUCGGAGUCAUCGGAACUUUUAUUGCCACCCUACGAAAUGAUCUUUGUGUCACAAGAAAUCAAAUGGUAUCAAAUGCUGGUUGUUUGGUCCAGUGUUUUAGUGUGGUUGGGUUGGAUCAGUCCACUACUAGCUGACAAAAAUUCUCAGUACAUGUUUUUGACGUCCCAUUCCUUGUCCAGCACGGAAGUGAUUGGAUUCCUCGUCAAUAUCAAUCUUAUCUUUUUCUAUGGGGCACCAUUGACGUCGAUCGUGGAGGUAUGGCAGACCAAAAAGUCAACGAGCAUUCAUCGGCCUUCCAUGUACAUGGCAUUGAUGAAUGCAACCUUGUGGGCUACCUAUGGUUUUACUCAAAAUGAUAUGGUAAUCAUGCUUCCUAAUUUGAUUGGAAUGUCACUGGGAAUUAUGGAGUUUGUUUUGAGUCAAGCAUAUCCAGGAAAGGAACAUUUGGAUGGUGGUGACAUUAAUAUUCAUAAUAUCACUACUGCAAGAACAAUGCGGCGACAGGUAGUAGAUGACAGCACAAUUGAUUCGGAAUCCUCUCCGUGCAUAGCGACUGGUCACACCUUAGUGUAUGGUUCUUCCGAUUGA